GAUUGGUGAGAGCGGGGCGAAGCACGGCCCCGCUGGCGGCCUGAGGGCGGCCCUGGCUGGGCAGCGGCGCCAUUGGCGGAGCGUCUGUGCGGGCCCGGGAGCGGCGGCAGCGGCCGGAGGCCGGGGAGGCGGCAUUGGCGGAGCUGGGAGGCGGCCCCGGCGCAGGAUUUGUCAUUCCCAGGGCAUGGCUGGAUGGAGGAGGAGGAAAAGCCCCAGAGAUCCUGCACGGGGAAUGGCUGCAAACCCAGCCCAGGGAGCUGCGGAGAGGAAAGAGACCCCCUGAGCCAGGAAGGCGGUCGGAGAUCCAGCCGGAGCUCGGAGCUGGUGGAGAAGGCUCAUGUCAGGGAGAAGCCACACAAGUGCUUGGAAUGUGGGCAGGGCUUCAGCCGGAGCUCCCACCUGAUCCAGCACCAGAGGAUCCACACUGGGGAACGGCCCUACGAGUGUGGGGAGUGUGGGAAGAGCUUCAGACACAGCUCCAGCCUGAUCCAGCACCAGAGGAUCCACACUGGGGAAUGGCCCUACGAGUGUGGGGAGUGUGGGAAGGGUUUCAGAGAGAGCUCCAAACUGAACCAGCACCAGGUAGUCCACACUGGGGAACGGCCCUACACGUGUGGGAGGUGUGGGAAGGCUUUCAGAGAGAGGUCCAGCCUGUUCAAGCACCAGGUGAUCCACACUGGGGAACGGCCCUACACCUGCUUGGAAUGUGGGUGGAGCUCUGCCCUGAGAAUACACCAGUGCAUCCACACAGGGGAGAGGCCCUACGAGUGUCCCCAGUGUGGGAAGAGGUUUCAGAGCAGCUCUGAUCUCCUCAAACAUGAGCGGAUUCACACAGAGGAGAGGCCCUUCCGCUGCCCCGACUGCAGGAAGGGCUUCAAGCACAACUCCAGCCUCACCAAGCACCGGCGCAUCCACACUGGGGAGAGGCCCUACCAGUGUGGGGAGUGUGGGAAGAGCUUCUCCAGCAGCUCAACCCUGAAGAAACACCAACAGAGGCACCACUAAGGGAAGCCCUGUGAGUGCCCCGAGUGAGGGAAGAGCUUCGAGUGAGGGAGGAGAGUGAGGGAAGUGCUUCGUGCGCUGCUCCAGCUCCAUCCCCCAUGGGAGGUUCCGGGCUGGAUGAUCCCCAGUGACCCCCGUUGGGCAGAGCCCUGGUGCCCCCGUAUGGGGAAUAAAACAGAGAGUAAAACAAUGGAGCCGGUAAAGGGGCCCGAUAUCUGAGACCUGACUGAGCAGAAACUGUGGGGGACACAGACACAGUUUAAGUCUCCCUGGGCAAGAAGUGACCAAGCAUCCUGUUGUGAGACUUUGUGAUAAGAUAAUGUUCCCAGGUGAUGGGAUGUCAUGAAGAAUGUGUAAGCAAUGGCAAUUGUUAGCAAACAUCGAGCCCUAUAAGCACCACACAAGUAAAACCCUGUAUAAACGCCUGGUACCCUCAAUAAAAUUGGCUUCUGAUCUGA